AUGUUCUCGAUAUUGACAUUCUUUAACUCUUUUCUCUUAUUUGUCAAUGCCAUCGCAAUCCUUAAUGAAAGAUUCUUGAAUAAGAUUGGAUGGGGACUUAGAAGCGAUAUGGACUAUGAUUCAUUCCAAGCCAAAUGUAUAACACUGAUACACAACUUACGAUUCUUUUUCAGAAUUCCACUUGUCUUGAUGAACGCUGUCGUUAUAUUAUUCCUACUCGUGUUAGGAUAG